AGCCAACCCAAGUUCUCGCUCAACGAGAGCCUAUUUCCCGAACAUCCUGAAUCAAGCAGAAUGGGUCUAAUACAGAUGGAGCCGAAAGUAGCUGACCUGGUUAUUAUUGGCGCGGGCUGGCACGGCCUCGCCGCCGCCAAAACCGCCCUCUCGCUCGAUCCCAGCAUUAAUCUCGUCGUUCUAGAUUCAGCCGCAUCGGUGGGCGGUGUUUGGGCCGAAGAGCGGGUAUACGAAGGACUCCGGACGAAUAACCGAGUGGAGUCGUACGUGUAUAGCGAUUUUCCCAUCCAGAAGGCUACUGCCGUGGCUGGUCUUGUGAAGCCCGGUGAACAUAUGUCCGGGAGAGCAGUUCAUCAGUAUCUGAAAGCGUACGCGGACCAUUUCGGGAUUCAUGAGAGGGUCAGAUUCAAUUGCAAGGUGGAGACUGUGGAGUAUGCUGAGGAAGUUGGAGUGUGGACUAUUCAAUGCACAACAGCAGCAGCCGGGGAGGAAGCUAUAUGGACGACGCGGAAACUCAUUCUAGCAACGGGGCUUACAUCACAACCGCGGAUCCCUAUGUUCGACGGACAGGGCUCGUUCGGUGCGGCGCUGUUUCACGUCAAGGAGUUUGCUCACUAUCAAAACACCCUCUUCGCCAACAAGCCAGCUGGUGAUGACUGCACAGCACCAAUCGCAAUCCUCGGCGGGGGCAAAUCCGCCUGGGACGCCGUCUACACCUGCGCAUCCCAGGGCCACCAGGUAAACUGGAUCAUCCGAGCGUCCGGGGCUGGCCCCUCGUGGAUGACUCCCGCCGCUGUCUUCUCACCGUUGAACCUCCUCCUCGAGAGCCUCCCUCUUAUACGGGCACUGGGCGUAUUUAGCCCAUGCAUCUGGGCGAGUAAUCCGAUCCGCCGAUUCUUGCAUGGCACGUGGCUCGGCCGGAUGAUCGUGCGUCUGUUCUGGGCUUCGCUCGAGUGGGAUAUGCUGCGGACGAAUCGGUACCAGGAUCAUGAGGAGACGGCCAAGUUACGGCCCUCGUAUAAGAUGAUUUGGGCGGGGACUGCGGUGGCGAUUUUGAACUUCCCGGGGGAUUUCUUUGGCCUGGUUCGGCGGGGGUUGGUCAAGGUGCACAUUGCUGAUGUCGAGCGACUCGAGCGGAAGACGGUUGUUUUGUCCAACCAGGAGAGGCUGCCCACAAGAGGACUCAUUCUAUGCACGGGCUGGAAAGCGUCUCCGGGCAUUCGCUUCUUGCCGGAUGGGAUUGAACGGGACCUUGGCUUUCCAUGGGUCGCUAACUUGGUGGACCAGCAGGACCUCGUGCAAGACACCCGCCAGGAGCUUUACACUCGCCUGCCCAUGCUCCAAACCGCCCCAGCCAGAAGGAUGUACCGCACAAAGGACGCGCAGGGCCAACAUGUCGACGAGAUAGUCCUGCACCCCUUCCGUCUCGCGCGCUUCAUGGUUCCCCCGGAGCUAUGGGAUGACCACAGCAUCGCUAUCCUCGGAACCGUAGCCACCUUCAACACACCACUUGUCGCCGAAGUGCAAGCUCUGUGGGCGCUCGUCUACCUGAACCAUGCCCCCGAACUCACGCGACACCAUCCGCAGGACAAAAAGUCUGCACUCCGCGAGGCAACACUGCACUCUGAAUUUGUUGCUCUGCGGUCACCAACAAAUCAUGGGUCGCGGAAUGCGGAUUUUGUCUUUGAGGUCCUCCCCUAUUUGGAUAUGCUGCUUAGAGAUUUGGGACUGCGCACGGCGAGAAAGGGGUCCUGGUGGAGGAAUCUGUUCGUACCGCAUCAGCCAGGGGAUUACGCGGGGCUGGUGGAGGAGUGGAAGGGGCGAGUAUCUAGCCUCGGGAGGAAAAUAAAGGCUGCUUAGGGACAAUUCCUGAAGUCCAUCUGGAAACUUCCCCGAGUUUCUUGAGCUUGAUACUGAGAACCGCCAGGUGUUAUGGCAUGCCAAAGAUGCCUCGCCAAAGCGGACGGGAAGCCCUGUUUUCCACACCCUAUGGUCAUAUAUACCAGAGUAAACAAAGAGGCUGUUCUAUGCAUUUAUCCCAUGCAAGAGUAUUCAGCAAGACGUUGUGAAACCAGCCUGCUUUUUAAAGAUAAUUAUAUAGAGACUAAUUUAAUUAAACAGCUGAGUAUUAAUAGAGUUAAGCAACUUAUAUAUAUACUAUAAGGCAAUCAAUCAAC